AUGCUUGCAUGCGUUUCUCCGGCUGACUCCAACUUUAUGGAAACUCUCAAUACAUUAAAAUACGCCAAUCGUGCUCGUAACAUUAAAAAUAAAGUUACUGUUAAUGAGAGUUAUGGUGGAAAUUCCGUAGAAAUUAAUCAAUUACGAAGUCAAAUUGCUCAAUUAAGGAUGGAAAUUCAAAUUUUACGUUCUAAUGGUGCUGAUGAAGAAUCUUCUCGUAAAUAUGAAGAAGAAAUAAACCAUCUUCGUGGUGAAUUAGGUCUUACAAAAUUGAGACUUCAAACUACUGAACAAGAACUUGUCAUGUCAAAUACUGAAAAGAACACUUUAUUAAUGGAAAUUGGUUUUAAUGAUCAAGAUCUUACUGAUGCUGAUCGUUCUCACAAAAUGCAAACUCAUCAUAUUAUUCAAGCUUAUGAACAAAAAAUUCUUGAUUAUAAAAAUCAAGUGGCUGAUCUUCAAGCUCAAGCUUUUACAAGUCCUCGUAAAUCUUCUUUCGCUGGUUCAAAUCCUGGUCGUGAUAAAGGUCAACAUAUAAAAUUCCUUGAUAAUUCUUCUGAUGAUGAUGAUCAAAUUCAUGAAAAUGAAAAGAAAGUUAGAAAGAAACGUUCAAGAAAACAAAAAACUAGAGCUGAAGGUCAUUUUCAAGUUUCUAAUGAUGGUCCUUCAAAUCCUGAAUCUUCUUCAACUGCCACAACUUUACAUGAAUUUCCUAAUUCUUUAAAACCUUUAAAUUUGGAUGAAGCCAAAUCUAUAUUUUCUCAUUACGAUGAUCAUUAUAUUCAAGAGGAAGAUGAAAAUGAUUAUGAAUCUCAUGAGAGACGUAAUAGUACUGAUGGUGGUGAAAGCGAUAAUUCUAUAAGAUCUUCUAGAGGAUUAAGAAGACGUAGUGCUAGAGCAAUCGAAAAAGCAAAAGAACAAAUAAAGCAAGGUUUCUUACUCCUUAAAAAUGGUGGUUCCAUGCAUGAUGACCCAUUAAUGAGUCAACUUGUAAAGACUCCUUCUUCUACAAAGAGUGAAAGUUAUAUUGAUCAAAUGAUGGCUAAUCAUGCUAAUAAUAAAGAAAAAAGAAGAUCUAGCAGUGUUUCUUUCAGUGAAAUUCAAACCCUUGAAGUUCCACAAUGGCAAGAAUCUAAUCCUCCACCACAAACUUCAACUCGUCGUACUUCAAAUUCAAGUCGUUCUGUUAGUUUUUCUGAUCAACCAAUCUCUCCUGGUUCUACAAAAUCUUCUCAAAAUAGUUAUGGUUUAAAUACACAACAAAAUGCUCUCACGCUUACUCGUAUGUUACAUCAAAUUCAAGCUGAUAUUGCCGUCAAAGAACAACUUGUAACUCAACUUGAACGUGCCGAACAAGAAUUCACUUAUAUGAGAGCUGAAUAUGAACAAAGAUUGGCUCAUAUGCAAGAAACUUUGAUUACAUUACAACGUGAACGUGAUACUGCUCUUAAACGCGCUGCCAACUCUAGUACUGGUGUUAGUACUCGUGACAAGAAUUCCAUCCUUGCUGAACUUAAAGCUCGUUAUGAACAUAAGAUGAAACGUCUUAUUCAAGAGAUUGGUGAACUUCGUCGUAAAUAUAAUGAAGCUACUCAAUUAAAUGCUACUGCAAAGAGUCAAAGUGAAACUGCGCUUAAAAGUAUGCGUGGUCAAAUUGAACAACUUAAAGCUGAAAAAAUGCGUAUGAUCAAGCAUAUGAAAGAAAGUAAUAAUCGUAUUCGUGAAAUGGCUGAACGUAAUCAACGUGAAAUUCAAAAUUUACGACGUAAAGAAAAAACUGCUCAAGAUCAGAAAAAACGUCUUGAAAGAACUAGUGAAAUGCAAAAAUUAAUGUUGGAAAAAAGGCAAAAAGAAGUUUUACAAACUGCUGGAAAACUUAAAUCUGUUAUGACUCUUCUUAAAAGAACUUCUACUCCAAAAUCAAUUGCCAAAGCAUUUCGUAAAAAUCGUAAUAAAGUACCUGCCGAAUCACCUUCAAGGCGUACUUCCGAUGAUAUAAGUAACAUUCAUGAUGAGGUUUAUGGUAGUGGUUUUGAGAAAAAGAAACUUUUAGAUGAUGCUAUUAAUAAGUACAUUACUAGUCGACAACAAUUAACAUUAAUGGAUGAAUUAUUUGAUAAACGUGAUAAUUUACAAAGAGAGAAAAAAGAACUUCUUGAAGAACGUGCAAAAAUUGUAUCAAAUUCUGUUUAUUAUGAACCUACUACGGAAUCUCAAAAUUUAGAUGAUAGAAUUGAGAUGAUUACUUCAGAAAUUUCUUACCUUAGUGCAAGGAUUCGUGCUUUACAAUCCGAAGCUGCUAGAAAUGCUACAGUUGAACAAUCGGAAAAUGAUGUAAAUCAACAAGAAAUUCAUGAAGAACAAAAAAUUUCAUUUUCUUUACCAACUCCUGAAGCAUCUUAUGAUGCGGCUGUUUCAAUCUUACGAAAUUUAGAUUCAUUCGAAUCUCAAACAGUUCUUGAAACAUUUUUCGAAGAUAUAGUUAAACUUCGUACUGGUGAAUGGUCAAAACAUAUGACAUUAGCUCAUCAAGAAAAGACAAUAAUGGAUUUAAAUAAAUCAUUAUUAGCUAUGCGUAGGGCUGCAGUCAUGGCUACAGCUGAAUACGAAAGAAGAAAUAAAGAACUUGAAGAACUAUUACGACGUGGUAAUCAAAGUGAUAAUGGUAAUAGAGAUGGAAGGUCACCAAGUCCAAUAUCACCAGAAAGUAGAGAAUUACAUAUUGCUGGUAUUGAAGAUGAUGCCACAAAUUCACUUUCAUGGUUCGAUCGUAUUUAUGAAACCGCUUUAGCACAAGUGGAAGCUGCAAUAUCCGCAAGAGGUACUCCAACAAAUGAACAUGGUUCACUUUCAAGAAGAAAUUCUUCUUAUAAUUCUGUCAAAGGUACUCCGAUAAAUGAAAGUGGUUCACUUUCAAGAAGAAAUUCUUACCACAGUAAUAGUAAUGGUUCACUCUCGAGAAGAAAUUCUUCACAUAGUAAUAGUAAUGGAUCUUCUUCAAGAAGAAAUUCUUACCUUGUUGAAGAUGAUAAAGUUAUUCAUGCAUCACCAAUAGAAGCAUCUACCACACCAAAUACACCAAACACACCAAACGUACCAAUACGUUUGAAUACAAGUUUCUCUCGACGUCCAUUACCAUUAGAUUGGUUAAACGCUCAAAAGGGAACAGAAGUUGAGACUGCUACUGAAUCAAUUGAUAAUAAGCAAGCUUCUCCAGGAGGCUCUUCAAGAGCAAUGAAACGUGAUGGAAGCAGUAAUAGUAAUAAUGGUUCAAAGAAGGUUGGAUCUGCCGGCCGACGAUUAAAAAGACCUGAUGGUUCUAAUACUCCUAGUGUUAGUGCUCCAAAUACACCAAAGGAAGAAAAUUUCUCAAAUGUUGGUUGGGCGGAUGAACGUACAUCAUCAGAACGAAAUAAAUCAAUUCAACAAGUAAAACAACCAUUGUCACGUAGAGGGUCAUUCCGUGAUACAGCUACACAUAGUCGACAAAAUAGUUCAAGCAUGGGAUUCUAUUCAGAAACUCAUAAUCGAGAUGGAUCGCGGGAUAGUGGAUACUUUAGCGGUAUCGAUAAACGAAGAUCACAAAGUAGCAUGGCUCAUCGAGAAUCCAAAGAUAUUCCUACUCAUGUACGACAAAGUUCGUAUGGACGUAGUUCACCUGAAAGUGAUGAUAACGUUAGCGUAACUAGUGAACGCGAACGUAGAGCCUCAAUUUCACAUCAUACACAUGUGAGAUCAGUGACACCUGAGGGUGGUAAUGUUUAUGAUCGAUUAUCACGAAGUCAUACACAAUCAAGUUCAGCAAAGAAUACACCAACGCGAAGAUUAAUGCGACACGUAAAACAGAAUAGUGGUGGUGUUAAUAGCGCAUUAGCAGCACUUGAGGGAAGACCAUCUAAUUAA